GGGCUUGUUUCUUCUGCCCGGGUUGUGCCAGGAGUGUGAGGAGGGGCGAGGUUUCGCCCCCAAGCAGUAGAGCGGUGGAUCGAGCUCAAGCUAGAUCGAUCCGAGGAUGUGUAGGAGGAAAGACGUGAGAAAGUUUUAGCGACAGGUUUGGAGAAAAAGCACGGGGUUUGCAUACCCGUGGCAUUACUGAGUGACAUUUUGGAGCAUAGUUCCAGCGCGAACAGGCCCACCCGUUUUAUGGGAGUGACUGCAGGCUGUUCUCCACCGGGUUUCUUGGGCCGGUGCCUGAGAUGCAGGUUACAAUGGUGGUGGCCAGCUACUGGUGUCGUGAGGCCCACUCCAGACCUCCUCCACGCAGGCUGUCAUCUGCGGCUGGCUGCCGCGUGUCCACAUACGGCUGGGCUGCUUCUCCCCAGCAGCUGUAAUUUCUCUACUGGUUUAUAUCAUAAGCAGCUGUAAUUCCCACUCACAGAAGAGGCCGACCUUGGAAACUGCAGGAUGGCUAUCCAUCAUGGUAGUGUUACGGGAAUUUUUAAGGUUUAAAAAUGUCUGACCAGAGAAAUAUUGUACACAGAGCCCAUUGUAUUGAAAAACUACUGACUGAGAAUAAUUUCCAAGAUAUUGAAGAUCAUCUUAAAGAACUUGAAGAUGUUGAUAUGACUAUAGAAUGUCUUCAGGGAACAGAAGUUGCUAAGGCUGUAUACAGAGUGCUCAAGAGCUGCCCUUCAGCAGAGUUGAAAAAGAAAGCGAAGCAGUUAUUAUCAAGGUGGAAGGCGCUUUACAAGAGUAACUGUGAUCAGUCAAUGCAAGUUAAAAAGUCCAUUUCUGUGUAUGUGGAAGAGGAAAUUGAACAUCUCGGUGUAGUUCCUAGAAAGCAGACACUCUCCGAAGGACCAUGUCAGCAGCAGGCAUCAGAUGCCACUAGUUCUACAAUUUUGGUCCCAUCACAAACUGUAAAAAAUGUGCUGUGUAACGAUGCGGAAGGCAGCAUGAAUCAGCUUUCUUCUUUUGAGGAACAACACACUGAUAAUGAAGAUUCUAAACCUCAUGUUAAUGAAGCAACUCUGCAGCAAGAUCCAACGAGAGCUCUAAGAUGUAAAUGUACAGAUCUUCUUUGUAAAGCUUUGACUGGUUCUGCCAAAGACAAAGAAGAAACUGAAAAAUGGAUAGAGCUAUCUAGGGAAAUCGAAGAACGUAUUUUUGCUCUUCAUGCUAAAAAUGACAAAAAGUAUAAAAAUUGCAUCAGAAGCAAAAUAUCUAACCUGAAGAACCCUAAAAGUUGCCACUUAAAACAUAACCUUUUUUCAGGGACUUUAAGUCCAAAGGCUUUCGCUGAGAUGACAGUGAUGGAAAUGGCCAGCGAUGAACUGAAACAGCUCAGGGCUCUGUACACAGAAUCAUCUGUACAGGAACAUCAGCUUCCACAAGUUGUUAAUGGUACACAGACAAACAAAAUAAAGUGUAGGCGCUGUGAAAAAUUUGAUUGCACUGUCACUAUGAUUGCCAGAGGAACUCUUUUUCUUCCUGGUUGGGUGCGAAACACAAAUCCAGAUGAACAAAUGUUGACUUACGUUAUUUGUAACCAGUGUGGAGAACAGUGGUAUCACAGCAGAUGGAUUUGUUUGUAACGCUAUCCCUUUUUAAUAAGUGGUUUAGAACCAUAGACAUGAGAAGGUAUCUCUGUUGAAAAUGUAUAAUUUAAAAUUUUGUAUUGAUACUAUGUAGAUGCUACCACUAAAAAUUGCAAAAUCAGUUUUAAAAAAUUGCCAAGUUACUUUUGCAGAUGACUUAAAUAUGUGUUUCUAAGUAAUGUCAAUAUGUAAAGAAAUAAAAGAAAAAAGAGGAAAAAUGGUAACACUGUAUCUGAGAGUGGAAUAUUGAGUAGUAAAUUCAUUAAACAUACCCCAAUUGCUGCAGUCUUUUUCCCCAAGGUACUGAGCACUUGGAAUUUUCAUUAUCUUUAGCAGGAGUUCUUUCACAGAACAUAAAUUUCAUUUACAGAAAAGAGUUUACAAAACUGCAGUUCAUAUACUUGCAUGCACUGCAAAAUGCUCAGCAUGGAUUCACUCCUUGAUUAAACCACUUUUUGCAAGUAAGUGUUAGAUUAUUAAGUUGGUUUGAGAGGUGAUGUCUAAUAGGGAAAAAGGACUGAAAAACAGAGUUUAGAAGGGGGAGAAGGCAGCUAGCAAAUGGAAGCAAAAACGAAAAAUUGCUUUAGUUUUUUAUAGCCAUUGGGAGGAAAAUAGGACUUGUGACAAUCUAACAGUCUGCAGUUCACACUGCAAUGUGAGGCGACAUGUCCUGCAACUGUUAAGAAAUUAAUGCAGGAUCAGACAUUGAUUUAUUUCAGAAUGUAAAUAUAUUAUGAAAUUUAUCUUUAUUUAAUAAAUAAAGGCAUGAAGUUAAUAGCAGUUAAUCACUUUCUGAAUGGAUAUCCUCUCUUGAACUGGGACAUCUGUCCUGAAUAAAUUAAUGUUUUUAUAUAGUGCAGGUUACCCAGAAGAAAUUAAUAGAAGGAGAUCUAAUAACCCAAGUUUUUAUAUGUGUUUUUGUUCCAGAGUCAACAGGAUUCCUACUGGCUGUAUACUAGAAGCAUUCAUAUAUUAAAAAAUACCGCCUUA